UAGCUCUCACGUGACCAAGAGCUGACGUGUGCAGAAGUCCUUCUUGUUCUGGUCGUUGUUCCCGUCUGAGUACCAGCUCCCCAUUGCCCUGAGGGCGAGCGGGCCUGCAGCAGAGGCAAGAAGGAGGAGGAGAAGGAAAUUGUCCCGGAUCCCUGCAGUCUUUCCGUAGGUUGCGGCACUACGCCAGGCUAGAGAAGAGGAAGGAAAUUAACCCCAAUCGGUGAAGGUCGAUUUGAGGCAUUUAGUCCCCAUGUUUUCGAUCUGUCAUCCUGCAGGUCUGCUGUAGCAGGUGGCACCACUUGAAGCGAGGGAGGAAGUUUCCUCAGAUCAGUAGAGAUUGCAAGGGUUGUUAGGCGUGGCACACCUCCAGGGGAGGGAAGAAGGGGCAAACUGCCUGUCUGCAGGAGGUCCACCUCCAGAAUCAGCUGUUGUGGCCUUGAAGUGGCUGAAGACAAUCAUCCUCCAAAGGCCGGCACCCAGGCCAGGCCCAUAGCCCUCCUCCCCCAGCCUGUGACUGCUCUGUUCCUUGGUCCCUGAUAUCGUCAGGGACGAUUGCAUGGGCUACGCCAGGAAAGUAGGCUGGGUGACUGCAGGACUGGUGAUUGGGGCUGGCGCCUGCUAUUGCAUUUAUAGACUGACCAGGGGAAGAAAACAGAACAAGGAGAAAAUGGCUGAGGGCGGGUCUGGGGACGUGGAUGAUGUUGGGGACUGUCCUGGGGCCAGGUACAAUGACUGGUCUGAUGAUGAUGAUGACAACAGUGAGAACAAAGGUAUAGUAUGGUACCCACCUUGGGCCCGGAUUGGGACUGAGGCUGGGACCAGAGCUAGGGCCAGGGCAAGGGCCAGGGCUACCCGGGCUCGUCGGGCCGUGCAGAAAAGGGCUUCCCCCAAUUCAGAUGAUACUAUUUUGUCCCCUCAAGAGUUGCAAAAAGUUCUUUGCUUGGUUGAGAUGUCUGAAAAGCCUUAUAUUCUCGAAGCAGCUUUAAUUGCCCUGGGUAACAAUGCUGCUUACGCAUUUAACAGAGAUAUUAUUCGUGAUCUGGGUGGUCUCCCAAUUGUUGCAAAGAUUCUCAAUACUCGGGAUCCCAUAGUUAAGGAAAAGGCUUUAAUUGUCCUAAAUAACUUGAGUGUGAAUGCUGAAAAUCAGCGCAGGCUUAAGAUAUACAUGAAUCAAGUGUGUGAUGACACAAUCACUUCUCGCUUGAACUCAUCUGUGCAGCUGGCGGGACUAAGAUUGCUUACGAACAUGACUGUUACUAAUGAGUAUCAGCACAUGCUUGCUAAUUCCAUUUCAGACUUUUUUCGUUUAUUUUCAGCAGGAAAUGAAGAAACCAAAUUUCAGGUUUUGAAACUCCUUUUGAAUUUGGCUGAAAAUCCAGCCAUGACUAGAGAACUGCUCAGGGCCCAAGUACCAUCUUCACUGGGUUCCCUGUUUAAUAAGAAGGAGAACAAAGAGGUGAUUCUUAAACUUCUGGUCAUAUUUGAGAACAUAAAUGACAAUUUUAAAUGGGAGGAAAAUGAACCUACUCAGAAUCAAUUCAGCGAAGGUUCACUUUUUUUCUUUUUAAAAGAAUUUCAAGUGUGUGCUGAUAAAAUUCUGGGGAUAGAAAGCCAUCAUGAUUUUUUGGUGAAAGUAAAAGUUGGAAAAUUCAUGGCCAAACUGGCUGAGCAUAUGUUCCCAAAGAGCCAGGAAUAACUUCUUGAUUUUGUAGUUUAGAAGCAACACACAUUGUAAACUAUUCCUUUUCUCCACCUUGUUUAUAUGGUAAAGGAAUCCUUUCAGCUGCCAAUUUUGAGUAAUGAAUAUCAUAUUGUAUCAUCAACGCUGAUAUUUAUCUGAGUUGGUCUUCAGGUCUAAGCUGGAUGAAUGAAUAUCACUACCUGUUCUGAAAACAAGUUUGUUGCUUUUUAUCUCACUGCCUAGAUUGAAAUAUUUUUACUAUUUCUUCUGCAUAAGUGACAGUGAACCAAUUCAUCAUAAAUAAGCUCCCUCCUGUCAUGGGCAUUGACUUAAUUUGUGUAUCAUCAAUAAAGUUGUGUGUUAAUGCUGGAAAAAAAAAGAAAGAAGAAAAAGAAACCAUCCUUGUCUUUUGGUUUAUAAUCUAGUUGGAGAGAUAAGAAACAUACAAACAAAAAGAUAACAGAAUAUCUCAAGCAUAUAUUCAUCGUCAAAUAUGUGCGUUCAGAGCACAGAGGAAGCAAAGGUUUCUGUGGGAUACAAUAGUCAGCUACAGAUUUAUGGAGGAAGUGGCCAUUUAAAAUGAGUCCUCUAUGGGAUAGGUAGUUAAGGCAUUCCGUAUGAUGGGAGUGACGGGGGACUGGUGUGAGAAAGGCAUGGAGGCAGGAAAUCUUCUUAUGACAGUAAGCGGGAGACUAGUCUGCUUAGAGUGGAGAGUGUAAGGAUGGGAACUAAAUAAAUUUGGAAAGCUGGCUGAAGCCAGUUUGUGGAGAACUGUUUGAAUAUUAUCCCACUGAACGCUGAGAGCCAGUAAAUAAUUUUAACUAGAAAGAAUAAUUGGAAUUCAUAUAAAAGUUCCUCUCUCACCCACUGUGCAGUGUGCUUGAGGGUGUGGCAAAAUGGAUCCUUUCAAACCCUGGUGGCAGGAAUGAGCUUACACUGGCACAAGGUUUGUGGAGGGCCAUUUUGUAAUACAUAUCAUAAGCCUUAAAAUAGGUAAACCCUUUGUCCUAAGGAAAUAAUUGAUUCAUUGGCCAAAAACUGUAUGUACAAGGCUGUUCAUCCCAGCAAUGUGUGAAAUAGUAAAAACUGGAAACAACUUAAACAAUUUAGCACACUGGAUUGGUUAAAUAAAUUAAGGAAUAUUCACACGGUAUAAGAUAAAUAUGUCACUUGCAAUCCAUAUUGCCAGGGAACGAUAUUCAUCAUGCAUUGUUAAGUGAGAAAGGUAGGUUAGAUAGCAGUAUUCAUAGUAUGAUUCCAUUUUUUUGAGAAUAUAAGACGUUUAAGUAGACACUAAAAACUCUGGAAUUACAGACACCCAAAUAGUAACAGUGGUUAUCUUUGGGUGGAAGGAUAGAGUAAUCUUUAACUUUUUACUUUUUAUUCAUCUAUGUGUUCUUAUUUAUCUAAAACAAAUACUGAUUUUUUCAAAAAUUUUUGAAAAAGAAAAGUGUUGGGAAUGGAGCAGGUGAUUGAUUGGAGCAUGUACUGAGUGGAAAAAAUAUUUGGAUUAAACAUGAGGUGGGUUGAAGUUUUCUCUCUGAAAUAAUAGAUGAGUGCUGAAGAUGGGGCUCGUUGUGAGGAUUAAAUGAAGUAAUACAUGGGAAAUACUUAGAAUGUUCUGGCACAUAGCAGUUAAUUAAGAAAAGUGAGCACGCUUAAUUCCCUGGAAUUCAAGGUUGAUAGCUUUUUUGGUUGACCUUUGUUUCGCUGGGGGCAUUCUGCCACGUGUCAGCAUCAUUUAAUAAAUAAUAACAACAAUAAAGUUUAGCACUUAUUAAGUGACCACUGUGUAGAGUGAUGUCAUUCCUGCAAGGCAACUGUUACAAUAAUUUCUCAAAGAAAUAGGGUUUUCUUAUUUCUAAGGACACAAAGUGUUUCAUCAGACAUGAUCUCACCCGCCCUCACAACAUAUUCCUAGUCAGUUUGGAGAUGUUAUCCUGCUUUAUACAUGAGGCCAGGAAAGGGUAAAAUCUCUGUUCAGUUAUGAUCUGGUUUUAGCCCCAGGCUUCCAUAUACUUACUCUAAUGUUGCCUAUAGUAGACAAAAGGACCAAGGACUGGUUAGCUUAAAGUUGUUGGGUAUGGUGACCCUAUUGAAUCAUGAACACGUGGGGGCUAAUUUGACAUCAGUUUUAAGGAUGGGAUGAGGGUAAAGGGAACUAACAUUUUUCUUGCUCUAUUAUUAGGCAGGAGAAAAAGAUUUGGGAGGGGAAGCCUAAUCCAUUUAAAAUAAGUUGAGUUUGAGGUAACUGUGUGACAUCCAGAUGGAUACACCCUAUUGUCACUUGAAUGUAUUGAUCUGGCGCUCAGAGAAGACUAGGCUAUAGAUACAGAUUUGGGGGCCACUGGAGGAUGAAUGGUAAUUGAGGACAUUGGAGUGGAUGUGAUCCCCAGAGAGAAGGUGCAGAGAGUAAGAGUGGAGGGCUGCAGAAAGAACUGGGUAAGGGACUGUGGCAGCUGGGGAGAGAAGCAUAGAAUUGCACCUGUGGAUACCCUUCCAGACACUUGUACUAUCCAUAUACCUAUAUAUUCUAUACAUCAAAUUGGAUGAUACUGUAGAUGAAUUUUCAGAGCCUGAUUUAAAAUUUUUCUAUUUUUCUACUAAAAAUUAUUCAUUGGAGAUACUUAAGAAAAUAGAGACAACAAGAACAAACUUGUCCCCUGACCCGGAUCUGUAUCUUGAACAUCUAAAAAAUAUUCAGAUCAAGCCAUGUUGAACUUGGGGUGCUGAGUGACUUUUCUGCAUGGGGUGAAAAAUGAGGUCAACUUGCGUAAUAAAAAGCCACCGUGCAGCAGGGGCACAGGUCUGACCAGUGCCCAUCUGCUCCUGCAGGUCUCUUUUCUCAUCCCUUCCCAUUCUUCUUCCCUCUCCCUCCCUCGCACUUGUCUUUUUAUUUCCUCCUUCUGAGAGACCAUUGGCAGUAGUCUCUUUGUGCUUCUGUGUCUUUUGUGGGUGACCGCUUAAUUCCCGUGACACCAGGUCAUGCACCGGUGGGCAUUUGAUACAGAAUAAUAAUUGUCAUUGCUGUGGUAAUACGGUGACCUGGGUGUGGCUGGAUGCCAAGAUUUUUUGGACCUUUGUUGAACGGAGACUGAGAAGGCACCAGUCUUAACGUGGCACAGCCCUAUGUGCACUGCAUGUAAUUUUGAUGUCCCACACCUGGUAUUGUUUGGCACGGAAUCACCCAGACUUUGGUAAGUGCUGUGUGAGACAGAUAUGUGACUGCCUGGUCCAGGGAGGCCACAGGGCCGGCCCAGCCACAUGCAGAUGUCCUCAUGCUUUCACAUCGGAGGCUGCCACUCUCAAACAUUUUGGGAAGGGCACAGUUCUGUGAUUGUGGCAGCUCAUCGGGGCAGGGAGGGGUCAGUGUCCUCUCUUUAGAGAGGAUGGCAACUUCUGGGUAACCGAGGAAAUUAGAAACUCAGAGGAUAUUCUGCUAUUUUGGUUUUUCUCUCAUCUAAUGGUUUUAGGAAUUUAAGUGGGUCUAUCCCAGUCAAAUGUGUUCAAAGGGAAUUUUACAAAGAUGGAGUAGAGUUCUCUUAUAAAUUGUCACCCAAAGCAUAAUAUUUCAAGGCUCAGGAAACUGGUUUUCUAUUUUUAAAUUCAUAUUUUACUUGCCUUGUUUCAAAAGAGAUUCUAAGUGUAGGUUUAGCAAAUUGAUGUGGUUCAGGCAAAUUUUGUGUUUAUGCCUCUGUUUGGUUAAUUUCUCUGCUAAAUUCCCUUGAGAAUGGUUUUUUUGAAGAGUGAUUAUGACUAUUUUCAAUGCUAUCUUUUUACAUUCAUUUUACAUCACAUCCCAGGUUGAACGUUUUUUUCUGAUUUCUCUGUUUAAAUUGUGGCUCUUCCUUGCCUUUAAACCAGAACUAUCGUGCUGCCAUCUCGGGGUGCAGAAGACUAGGGUAAUGACCCCUGGUUUGCUCUGCCCUGAGGUGUGGUGUCAAGCAGGAUAACACAUAUUUACUUUCAGAGAUGUGUAUUUCCAUGCUUUCCCCUCUCCAUUGGGUCCCUCUCAGGCCUGUGUUAAGGGCUUGGGCAAUGUUGGGUUUGGGGGUAAGCCUGAGUGGAGGGAGAAGGUAGGGGGUGGGAAAGAAGCCUUAUUGGAUGGGUAACUUUAUCCUAACAGGUUCAUGUCAAUGGAAUUCAAUCCAGCACUGGCAGUGGGCUAAGUGUAACUCUUUGGCCCUGUUGACCAUUUACAUUUUAAAAAGUGAAAGAGUAAGUGUAAUACAAGCAUCUUUGUUUGGGCAUUAGAGCCUUCUGUUUAUUGAGCAUUUUUCUAAGUUUGCACAUGGGCAUAACAUGUUAUUAAAUGGGGUGGAAUUUCUUUUUGAAAAUAAAAUAACAGAAUGACAGUCUAUGUUACUAUAAGAAAUGUAAUUACCAAGUAGAUCAGAUUCUUAGUGUUGGCUGCUCAGAACAUUCUGUCCCUAAGAUCAAUGUGCAUCAGAAACCAAAUUAUCAUCAGAAGGUUGUUUAUUUAGUGCUCAAGGAAUCAGGGCAAGCUGACUUAGCUAGAUGAUAGUGCUGUCAAAGUAGAAGAACCAGGUGCAUCCACGUCUGCUAUGGAGAUUGACUUGUGGCUGAAAUCAAAUAUUUGUAUUCAAGAGCUAGAGCAUCUUUCUCCCUGGACACAAUUAAAAAUUUUGUCUGCCUAGAUACCCCUUUGCCAGAGGUGGAUCAUCAGUUGAUGGUAGUUUUAUGACUUUUAAGAUAUAUUAUCAAUUAGCUUUCAUACAGAGUUUGAGAGAUGUAUACUUUGACAACAGGAGAGAACUGUAGUAUUUGCAAUGCAUUCUCUCCUACAUGUUGAUUAGUAUCUUUCUUUUCUGGAAUUUUUUUGAUGAGUAAUGAUAACUUGUUAUUGAUUUUUUUUGAAUCUCAAGCAAAAUGAAUUGUCAUCUCUUUAGUUUUUUUUUCCAUUUCUAUUUCAGUCUUCGCUAAAAUGUGGUUUAACUAUAAUGUUGCUAAUUUUUGUGGCUUUCUUUCAAUAAGCUGUAAUGAAAACCCUGACAUAAUGAAAUGGAUCAAUAAAAGAAAACUUUUUAUUUUUA